AUGGGAAGUAGUAACGGCGACACCAAUUGUGAUGACAUGUCGCCGCUAUUGAUGGCGAUCCGCGUGAAUGUCAUCGUGACCGUUCAAUUAUUUUUGGAUCGGACGACCAACGUUCUGUGGCCUUCAUUUUCCGGUGAUUUCGCCGAUUCCAGUGUUUUAUGGGUAAGAAGGUGGCUCAUAAGGUGGACAUAUGUUUCUAAAGCCAAAAGGGUUGGCGUGUUCCAAUAUCUUUCGACAUGGUUUGAUUUUGGAGCGAUUACAAAUGAUCCCAUGCCUCCAGUUUAUUGGGCGUCACUAAACAAUCAGAUAUGUAUGCGGUAUAGAGGUCGCAAAAAUAUUGCAAAAACUCGUUUGACUGGUUUUGAAGGGGAUGUGGAGGCAACAAGGGCUCAAGCCCAUGUGGGUAUGGAUCUACAUCGUUGGAGUGAUGCUAUUGACCACUUCUUAACAGAAAAACAUAAAAAACGAUCCGCUGGAAACAAAGAAUGUCGGAAGAAGCAAGUAGUUAAGAAUCAUGGAGGGACAUACCAAUAUACUCAUCACAUAACCGACUCCAGUGGUGAUACAGACACCAUUGAUUGGAUUACAAUACUUGAGAAGGUGUUGGAUACUCAAAGGGGGCAUGUGAGAGACAUUGGACCUAAACAUUUUUCAUCAGCGGAUGUUAAUGUGAAUGCUUUUCUUCAAAACCCGGCGUUUGUGACGGCCAUUGGAAACAUUAUCCGUUCGUUUAAAAACCAAGUCAACAACGAUGAGGAUGAUGCAGACACAUAG